AUGGCGGGGACCCUUGUGACAGGGAUGGCGACGGCUGCUAUCGGUGCCCUCACGAACAAACUGUCAGACAUGCUUUCAUCAGAGAUCAACAUGCUCAGACAGGUGCGUCGAGAUAUCGGGUUCAUCGAAAAUAAGCUCAAUAGCCUGAAAGCCGGCAUACAGAAAAUGGAUGCAAUGGUGGAGGCCGAUGCUGACUUGAGAUCAUGGGCCAGAGGACUGCAGGAGUUGGCCUACGACACCGAGGACUUCAUCGAUGAAUUCAAAGUUCAUAUAGCCCGGCCUCGGGGCCAUGCCAUCACGGACUUUCUUUGUGAUACCAUUCAGCUGAUCACGAAAUGGAGAGAGCACCACGAGAUCUACGACCGGCUACAACUCAUCAAGGACGGAAUUAAAGAUGCCGACAAACGUGGUUCAAAAUUUCUAGCACAAGCACGAGAGACAAGCACCACAGAGGAGCGCCACGAUCCAGGACAGCUGGAAGCUCUCAUCAUCGAGGAAAGAGAACUCGUGGGCAUCGACAAGCCAAGAGAGCAUUUGAUCCAGUGGUUGCUGGGUGGAAGCAAAUCCCUGCGAGUAAUUUCAGUGGUCGCCAUGGGUGGCAUGGGUGUCUUUGUGUCGUCCAGUUUGAAAUCUGCUAAGUUGUUAAGGGUGUUGGAUGCGGAGGGCCAAGGUAUAGGCCGUCGUUUUAUGCCGCACGGCAGUCAAUUACAACAUUUGAGGUACCUAAACCUGAGGGGCACUCAGAAUGCUCUGCUCCCGGAGGCCCUGAGUACGUUGCAAAACCUUGAAAUGCUGGAUCUCAGAGACUCAUCUAUUGGCGAGCUGCCUGGUGGAAUCGUCAAGCUUCAACGGCUGCGGUAUCUUGCAGUUUAUUCGACAGGAAGAACCGCUGAAAAACUGGGGGCUUGGGGAAGGCAUGGCGCAAGGAUGCCCAAAGGAAUUAGCAGAUUGAAAGAGCUUCUUACUCUUGUUCUGGCCACUGCAGAACGAGGCUUCAUAGAGGAGUUGGAGGAGAUGAAACAAUUGCGAAGGCUGGGGGUGACGCUGCUUACCAUGGAGAAUGAUCCACAUUUCUGGGCUGCUAUUCAGAGGCUGAGUUACCUCCGUUCUCUAACAGUCGACGCGGAGAAAGAGGACAAUCUGAUGAGCUGUAUGUGCUCCUCGUACCGGCUGCCAUCGACGCUACGAAGCCUGAAGUUGUAUGGCCUCGUGAUGGAGAAAUUGCCUGACAACAUCAAGUCGCUGGAAUGCCUGGCCAAGAUGGUCCUUAGUGGAACCAGAUUAACAGGGGACCCUUUCCCUGUCCUCGAGACACUCGCAAGCUUGUCGGAGGUCCAGCUUUACGAAGAUGCGUACAUGGGGGAGGUGUUGCACGCUAGCGGAGGGUUCCUGAUGCUUAGAACAAUGCAUCUCAGUCAACUCAGUAAGUUUCAACUGGUGACGGUGAAAAAAGAGGCGAUGCCCGUUGUGGAGAACCUAAGGAUCGAGCGGUGCGAGGGAGAAUGGAAGAGAACGGACCUCAUCGAGCUCGGGAUGGAAGGGUCCCGCAAGAGCCUCAUCGUCGACUGUGACGCGCAGGGACUGAAGGAGUGA